AUGGUUUUCUCUUCAUUUCCCAGAUACUUUACCAUGAGGCCCCAAAGCUCCAAGGUUCAAGCCUUGUAUGACCAUUGCAAAACCAUAUUCUCACCCUCUGGAACACCCCCUCCUUCCCAAGCUUUCCAGAAGCUCACUUCGAUUCUGGACACUAUUCAACCUGCUGAUGUUGGCCUUAAAGAAGAAACUUCAGAUGAUGAUCGAGGGCAUGGCAUUUUUGGUGCUAAUGUACUUAAUAGAGUCGCUCGAUGGGCUCAACCAAUAACAUAUCUGGACAUUCAUGAAUGUGAUAGUUUUACGCUCGGUGUUGUUGUAUAUCAAAGUCUUGGGGCUGACAAGUAG